GACAACUACCCUCAGCCAUGUCAUUACAGGACCUCACAUCACAAAACCUCUUCGCGGUUAAGAACAAAAUCGCCUUGGUGACGGGCGGUGGAUCAGGGAUAGGCAAGAUGAUUGCCAGUGCGCUUGUUGCAAAUGGUGCAAAGGUAUACAUCGCUGCGCGGAAAGAGGGGCAGCUCAAAGCGGCUGCGGACGAACUGAACGCAGCGGGACCAGGGAGAUGUGAAUAUAUCGUUGCUGAUAUUAGUAGCAAGGCGGGCUGCGAACAACUCAUCUCGCAAUUUAAAUCCCGCGAAUCAAACCUACAUAUCCUUGUGAAUAACUCCGGUGUGACGUGGGGUGCACCUUUCGACAACUUCCCGGAGAAAGAAGGGUGGGAUAGGGUGAUGAAUAUUAAUGUGAAGAGUAUAUUCUACAUGACUUCAGGUCUUACGGACCUUCUAGCAAAAGAUGCAACUUCCCUUGACCCGGGGCGAGUCAUCAACAUCACUUCCGUCGCAGGCAUCAGCCCGCACGCAGAAAGCAGAGCCCUAGCUGAUAAGGGGAACGGACUAUGGAGUUAUAACACAAGUAAAGCAGCAGCCAACCAUUUGACUUCUCAGCUUGCUGUGACGCUCAGUCCAAGGCACAUUAGUGUAAAUGCAAUCUUACCAGGAAUCUUCCCGUCAAAGAUGACCGCGUUCGGUUUCAAGCUCACAGGUAUGGAGAGGAUGAAUGCUUCGCAGCCUUCAGGGCGAGUUGGCAUGCCAAGCGAUAUUGCAGGCAUUACGCUCUUCCUGUGUUCACCUGCUUCAGCGUAUGUCACGGGUAACCAGAUUGUGCUGGAUGGCGGUGCAACACUUGUUAGCACAAAGGCAGGCUUGGAUGCUAAGCUUUAGGAUCAUUAGGAGAAUGGUAUUGAAAUAUAAUUGUUGUGUUGUUCUGGCCUUUCUUGGAAUUACUCGUGAUUAUUCAUCUGUCCAAUACUAGAUAUAGUCUGUGCUUGAAUACAAAAUCCCAAUUUGAAAAACAC